CCUAAUUUUCCUUCCCAUUUCCUCUCCUCUUCUCCGCAUCGCCGCCGCCGCCGCCGAGGAAGAUGGCGGCGCUGCUCCGGCGAUCCGUCGGCCCGGCGCGGCAGCUGCUCCUCCUCCGCCCCAGCUCGCUCGGCCCCGCCUCCGCGCGCUCUUUCUCCCGCUACUACUCCCGCGACGACGUCUCCCGGUACGACGCGCUCAGCACGCCGGUGAACUGGGGGGUCAGCAUCGUGCCGGAGAAGAAGGCGUUCGUGGUGGAGCGCUUCGGGAAGUACCUCAAGACGCUCAGCUCCGGGAUCCACGUGCUCGUGCCCGUCGUCGACCGCAUCGCCUACGUCCACUCGCUCAAGGAGGAGGCCAUCCCCAUCCCCGACCAGUCCGCCAUCACCAAGGACAACGUCUCCAUCCAGAUCGACGGCGUCCUCUACGUCAAGAUUGUUGAUCCCUACCUUGCUUCAUAUGGCGUGGAAAAUCCAAUUUUUGCAGUUAUGCAGCUUGCCCAAACAACAAUGAGAAGUGAGCUGGGAAAGAUUACCUUAGACAAGACUUUUGAGGAGAGGGACACACUAAAUGAGAAGAUUGUGAGAUCGAUAAACGAGGCUGCAACUGAUUGGGGACUGAAGUGUCUCCGUUAUGAGAUCAGGGAUAUAUCUCCUCCACGUGGCGUUAGGGUGGCUAUGGAGAUGCAAGCAGAAGCAGAAAGGAAAAAGCGUGCUCAAAUCCUUGAGUCAGAAGGAGCUAUGUUGGAUCAGGCAAAUCGUGCCAAGGGUGAGGCUGAAGCAAUUCUUGCAAAGUCUGAAGCAACUGCUCGAGGAAUCAGAUUGGUUUCUGAGGCAAUGAGGACUAAAGGCAGCACUGAGGCUGCAAACCUGAGAGUCGCUGAACAGUACAUGAAGGCAUUUGCUAAUCUGGCCAAAAAGAACAAUACGAUUCUCCUUCCAAGUGACGCUGGCAACCCAUCAUCCCUCAUUGCUCAAUCUCUCCAGAUAUACAAGAACAUCUGUCAGACCAACAGCCUGAAGAGUGGGAGGCACCUCACAGAAGCCCUGGAGGAGGAAGAACCAGAGGAGGAAGAGAUUGACACCACCGAUCUACCUUCACUAAGCAGUGGGAUGCCAUCGCCCGACAUGCCUGAAGACCAUGACAAGACUUUCUCGCUGCAGCGCCGCAACAAGGACAAUCUCUGAGUCGUCCUGUUCGAGUACCGGGAAGAGCCCCUCUUUUUUUGCCCACUGUUUCUACGAGCAUGGAACUGUAAGUGAAAAGACUAGGUAGUAGCAGUAGAUGUUUCUGAGUUUCGACACUUGAUCUGGGAAACGUUUUGGUAUUGGGAUGGCUUUAGGAUGGUAGGAAAUUAACGCAACAUUGGUUUCUGGGAGCCGACUGGGAGAAAGGUUUUGGUUCCUGCUAAGGAUGGCCUGGGAUAGCUUUGGUUCGUUCUUGUCACUUUGAGCAGCAAGUCUGUUUCUGUAAAUGCAAGGAUUAUCUGUCGUUCAUGAAACAAGUUCAACCAUGACGGCAACGGCUGAUGGCCGCUUUUGAUUCUGGGAGCUUUUCUUUUUCUGGAUCAAAUUUAACAAGUUUGCUUGCGCUCUGAUUCAGGAGUGUUUCUAUUGGCUCGGUUUUAUCAAGUUUU